CAACUGUGUUAGUAAUAAAUGGUAAGAGGGUUUGCCCAAAAGCAUGGUGCCUUGUGUAUAAUGUAUCUGAUAAAAGAUACAAAGAAUGUGUGCAUGCUUUUGUUCAGAAUAAGAAAGAGCUUGUUCAUAAAAACAAGGGAAGAAGAUGGCAGAUGGAUAAAACAGCAAAAGCUCUUGGUUGGAUGAGAUUUCGCUUUGAAAGAAUUGGUGAUUUUAUGCCACAUAAAGAAAAAAUAUAUCUACCCGUCUUCUAUAAUGCCACUAUGCUGUAUGACCGAAUGAAGAGGGAGCUUGCUGAACGACUUUGGAGUGAAACUGAUGUGAUAUGUUAUUCAUAUUUCCGUGCUGUUUGGCUGAAAUUUCUGCCAGAGUUUGUGAUUGAACAACGAACUGAAUUUAGUGUGUGUGGAGAUUGUGUACAAAUAACAGAGGCACUGGAACAAGCAACAUCAGAAGCAGAAAGAAAUGCAAUAAGAAAGACAAAACAUCAGCAUGAACAUCUUAUAAGCACAGAAAGAAACUUUUACCAUACUGCACGUGAAAUGGCUGUAAGAGAACCAGAAGAGCUAACAUGCAUUAUACAAGAUGGAAUGGACCAGAAAAAAACGAAUGUGCCAAAGCUAUCAAAAAAUGACAAAAACACAGAACAUCUUCUACGAGUACCAAUGCAUGCAACAGGUUGUUUGUUCCAUACAAAUGUACCAGAGGGUAAAAUAGCAUCUGUGAGACUUGAUAUAAAUCAAUUCCCACAUGAUAGUAAUAUGACAAUGAACAACUUCCUUUGGACAUUGGAGGAUAAUGUGGACAGACUUGGGCGUAAUUUGCAUGCCCAGUUUGACAACU